AUUUCUUGCCAGAGCUGUGAUGAUAGGACUAAGGAAUCUGGAAGCGUUAGAAAAUUUCUUGGGAUCCUGUUCAUUCCUUGACUCCCAUGGAAGGCAUCUGCACCAAAAAGAAGAGGGAUAACUACAGAAAGGAAAGAAGCUUUCCUGUAAAUUUUGUCUCCAUAGAUGAUUCCUUCCAUACGUAUAUGGCGCGAAAUUAUGGCUUUCUGGUCUGCAUUUUGGUCAUGGUAAUGGACGCUGUUGCUGGAUUGCUUGCCAUUCGAGCUGAAAAGGCUCAGAAUCAGGUGAAAUUACAAUCGGAGAGCUUAUGGGUGUAUGAAUGCAGCAGAAAGCCGAGAGAUGAUGCUUUUUCUCAGGGGUUGGCUGCUACUAUUCUGCUUGGCCUCGCUCAUGCCAUUGCUAAAGUGCUUGGUGGGUGCAUUUGGAUUAGGAAUAUGCAACAUUUCCAGCAAUCAAAUGCUAACAGGCGAUUGGGAUUGCUCUUCAUGAUUCUCUCAUGGAUUACUUUGGCUAUUGGGUUCUCAAUGUUGGUGGCGGGGACGGUGGACAAUUCCAAGAGGAAAAACUCUUGUAAGAUAUCAAGUCAUGGGCUGUUUUUGAUCGGUGGGAUUGUGUGUUUCAUUCAUGGGCUCUGUACUGUCGCUUACUAUGUUUCUGCCACAGCAGCUUACAGAGAGGAAGAGAGGAAAUCCAAAGAAAAGCCUUCUGUUCCACAUGUUUAACCCAAUUGACACCCAUUGCCUCCUGUAAUGACAUUAUAAUAACUUCAAAUUUAUUGGUUCUUUAUGAAAUUUUGAGUCCACAGCUUAGUUCAUGUUGGAAA